CCAGGAAGAGCGGCGGCCGCUUCCGGUGGGAGUCGUCGGCGAAUGCGAUGGCGGCUCCUUCUCCAGUGGCUCCGUCGUCGGUUCUGGCCUCCGCCCGGGCCUGGCUCCCUCGCCCGCCGCCUUCGUCUCCGUCUCUCCCCGAGGCCUCCGCUUCUUCCCCUUCUCUUCCUCCUUCCGGCCGGGAAUCAUGGCAGCCUCUCCCUCGGCGGCGUCUCCUGCGGCUGCAGCUCAGCGCGGCGCCCGGCCCGGAGCGCUUCCGGCUCGGACUGAGGGCAGGGCCCGAGUCGGGGCCGGAGCCGGAGCCGAGCAUUGUCGAGUACAGCCUCAAAGAGAUUUCCUAUGAGGUGAAGACGGCCACAUGUCAUGAGCUGAAGGUCUUAACCCGCCCAGAUGACCCCUUGGUCUUUCACUUUGAGGACGAGCAGGAGGCACAGAAAUGGUGGUCGGUCAUCAGCAGUUCCAUCUGGGAGGUUCAAAAAGCUGCUGAGAACACCAACAUACUCACCGGACGGCUCCUUCCCCAUCCCUCUGCUGCUAUGAACUCUCUGCCUGUGUCAGAACCGGACGCCUCUCUGACCUUACAGCUUGCAGGCAAAGAAGAGCUGGCGCUCCGUCUAUCUGCAGCUGUUGAGGUUGGUGACGAGGUGGAGGCCGUGCGAUGGGCCACGGCGCUCGCUCAACAGCGCAUCCCCCUGCGUGUCCUGCUGAAGGAGUCCUGCUACCCCACCAGUGAGAUCAGGUGUGGGCACGGUGGUAUGAAGGUACAAGUGGAAGACGCUGAGUGCUCAGCUAACAUCACCAUCCGUGUCCACACUUACACCACGAUUGCAGCACUCAGGCAGCAGGUCUUUCAGCAUUAUGGGUUCCACCCCACCGUCCAGUGCUGGAUUAUUGGGCAGUGCCUCUGUGUAGAUGACCGAACAGUCGGCUCUUAUGGAAUCCGGAAGGAUGGAGACACUGCCUUUCUCUAUCUCCUCUCGGCCAAGGGCGCUAACCUCUCAGAGCAGCGCUACAAGGAGGAUAAGGACUGGGUGGUCCUGCAGGUGGCUCCCUCCCCACUAGCCGAUACCUCUGAUGUCCGGCGCAAGUACAGCACAUUGCCUAACCCCCCGCCAAAGAAAGCAGGUAUGAAAGAUGGCAAGAAGAAGAUGGAUAUUGGGGAGAUCAGUCAGUUCCUGGGAUCUCUGCAGCUUGGCAAUCUUCUUCCUGGCCAUGCCCAGGCCCCUCAGCCCUCCAUGGCUGCUCCACCGUCUCCUGCACCGGAUGGCUGGUCCUGUCCCACCUGCACAUUCAUCAACAAGCCCACUCGCCCCGGCUGUGAGAUGUGCAGCACUGACCGCCCUGCCAGCUACGUGGUUCCCGGGAGCUACCAACCAGACGAGACAGAGCUGUGGCGGAUGCAGCAGGAGAAGGAGGGGAUCUUGCAGUACCAGAAGGUGCUGGAGCAGGAACGGCUGCAGAACUUCCAGCAGCUCCGUCAGUUGGACGAAGAGGCCCUGGUGCCCAACCAGGAGGAGAUCGAGUGCCGCAUCUGCUACCUGGAGGUGGAGCCGGGUGAAGGGGUGCUGCUCCGCGAGUGUCUGCACAGCUUCUGCAGGGACUGCCUGCGCCAGCUGAUCAACUGCACCGAGGAGCCGCAGGUGCCUUGCCCCUUCCGGGACGACGCCUACGCCUGCAACAGCCACCUCCAGGACAGGGAGAUCAAGGCGCUGGUGUCUCAGGACGAGUAUGACCGGUUCCUGAAGCGGCGCCUGGCGGUGGCGGAGAGCCGGGCCCAGAACAGCUACCACUGCCAGACGGCCGACUGCCUGGGCUGGUGCAUCUAUGAGGACGACGUCAACGAGUUCCGCUGCCCCAUCUGCUGGGCGCUGAACUGCCUCGUUUGCAAGACUAUUCAUGAGGGCAUGAACUGCAAGCAGUACCAGGACGAGCUGCAGUUCCAGGCCCAAAGUGAUGCCGCUGCCCGGGAAACCAGCAAUAUGCUCAAGGCGCUGGUGCAGCUGGGCAAGGCCAUGCACUGCCCCGUGUGUCGCAUUGUGGUCCAGAAGAAGGGCGGCUGCGACUGGCUCCGUUGCCCUGUCUGCCAGACAGAGAUCUGCUGGGUGACCAAAGGGCCACGCUGGGGUCCUGGGGGCCCCGGAGACACCAGCGGAGGCUGCCAGUGCAACACGGACGGGGAGAGGUGCCACCCGAAUUGCCAGAACUGCCACUGAGGGCCUGGCUGAAGAAGAGACAGUAGGUUGGACAAGAUGGGGCAAGCCCCCCAGGAGGAUUCAAGAGGCUUUUGCUGAGCGGAGGGCCUGCUGCCCUGAAGAUCUCCGGUGCCAGCCAGGAAUGGAGUUUAUUUUGGGGAGGGGGUGCAGGGAGAGGCCUCAGCGUGGCAAGUUGCUGCCCCAGGUAACUCCCACCCUUGCUUUUUAUUCCCCACGCAAGACUUUUAACUAUUCAGUGGAAGAAAGCAUACUUCCUCCCAAAGUUUUAUGGCCGAGGCGGCUUGUCCUCCUGCCUUUUCCCUAUGAUUUGCUGACAGACUCCUGCAUCUACCUCAGAGGGCUGAUAGGAACACUCUCGCACCUGAAGGAAGGCACUGUGCCUUAACCCCGCCAGCAGGCUGAGAGUGAGAGGGCGAGUGCCCAAGGUCUUCUUCCGCACCUUUCCCUACCCUCUGUGCCUUUGAACACUGUCCCUGUGCAUCGUCCACUCCCACCCCUCACCUCUGUUGCCAAAAACUGCAACGUCCCUCAGCCCACUACUUGCUGGGGGGGGUGUCACCUUUAACUGACCAUCCGGGGCUGGGCAGCAGGAGGCGGCCGGUGGGGCUUGGAGGGAGUGAGGUCAGCACCAGGGAGGAGCUCUGGAGACGUGUGACUGCGCAGGAUAGGAGCGUGACCCUCCCUCAAUAAAAGGAGGAGUAACCAC